UUGAGGUGGAUCUCACAGCCUCGGCCUCGGCUUCCUUUCCAGAUCAAGGAGCUGGACAAUGAACUGGACUCCGAACAAAAGCGCCACGUGGAGACAGUGAAGCUGCUGCAGAGGAACGAGCGGCGUCUGAAGGAGCUGGUCUUCCAGACAGAAGAGGACCACAAGAACAACCAGCACAUGCAGGAACUGGUGGAAAAACUGCAGAACAAGCUGAAGAUCUACAAGAGGCAGAUUGACGAGGCUGAGGAGCAAGCAAACCAGAGCAUGGCCAGGUACCGGAAAACGGUACACGAACUGGACGAUGCUGAAGAGAGAGCAGGAAUGGCGGAAUCCGCUCUGAACAAACUCCGCACCAGGCACCGCCUCUCCACCGGCAAAACGCUCACCUCCGUGGAGAUCAUCCAGGUCUCCAAAUCCGGCAGCUCCAAGUCAGUUUCCGAGGAAUAAAACUCCCCUCUGGCCCUGCAGCUGUCUGACAGGCUAAGCAUCUCAGGCGGCUGCACCGUGGGAAGAUUGCUCGCUGCCGUGGGGAGGACCGGAGCAGCCCGAAGACGUUUAUAAAGGCACUUGCAAGGAAGUAGAAGGAGAGUGGAAGGAAGGAAGAGCUUCUUGGCCCUUUGGGGGAAGAAAAGGGGUUCGCUAACCAGCCGUCCAAGCGUCCGGAUGUUCUUCAUCAAGAUGAUGAUGGACGGAAGACAAGUUCUCAGAGUUGAGGCGUCUGUUCUGAAUGCAGUUUGGUUGCGUUUUCAUGUCAAGGACGGAAAACGUUAGGAGGGUCCAAUUUGGGUUGUCUCUUGUAAAUGCUACCCUACUCGGAGCAAUCUUCAUGUUUAGUCUGAAUAAAGCUUCAUCCUUUGGAAAAGAAA